CUCGCUGCUUUCAGAGACGCAGAGCGGCGGAGUAGCGGAGCGGAGCGGAAACAUGGGAAAGCUUCAAGAAUUUGAUAUCACUUUUGCCAACAACAAGGUGGUUUACGGUCCGGGAGAGUCCAUCGGCGGAACUGUGAAAAUACGAACCGUCCACUCGCUGCAGUACAAAGCCAUCAAGGUGAACUGUCACGGCUCAUGUGGCAUCUCCAACAAAAUGAACGACGCCUCGUGGACUCUGGAGGAGCAGUACUUCAACAGCACGUUGUCGGUGGCCGACAAAGGAACCCUGGGGGCAGGCGAGCACAGUUUCCCCUUCCAGUUUCUCAUUCCAGUCGCUGUUCCGACUUCCUUUGAGGGACCCUUUGGGAAGAUUAUUUACCGCGUGAGGGCGGCUAUCGACACGCCCCGCUUCUCUAAGGACUACAAAGCCCAGAGGCCCUUCUACCUGCUCAACCUGCUCAACCUAAAUGAGGUGCCUGCCAUUGAACAUCCGAGUUACGCUGUGACCACGAAGAAGUUCAGCUACCUCCUGGUGAAGACGGGGACCCUGAUGCUGAAAGCUCGCAGUGACCUGAGGGGUUACAUCCCCGGGCAGGUCAUCAAGUUAGCCACUGAGAUCCACAACAAGUCUGGGAAGGACACAGGGUGUGUGCUGGCCAGUCUCAUACAGAAAGUGACCUACAAGACCAAGCGGCCUGUGUUCGACCUGCGGACCAUCGCAGAGGUGGAGGGAGCCGGAGUGAAAGCAGGAAAACAUGCAGAGUGGAGAGAGCAGAUCAUCGUCCCUCCUCUUCCUCAGUCAGCACUGGCCCGCUGCAGCCUCAUAGACAUCGACUAUUUCAUUCAGGUGUCACUAAAAUCUCCAGACGCCGUCGUCACUCUGCCCAUCUACAUUGGGAACAUCGCUGUGAACUUGUCUCCGUCGAGGCCCGUGCUCUCCUGUCCAGACCGCUGCGGCGCAGCCGUCGCACCCAGUGCGGCGGGCGUGACGCCCAGUGCUCCGCCGGCGGAGGAGGAGGAGCCAGAGGAGGGGCUGUGUGCAGGCGGCGUGGCCAGUGAGGAGAUUCCCACCAAGAGUCACUCUCAGCAGGAUCCCUCAGGUCAGCCGGUCACCAUGUCCCCCAGCGCCUUCAGCCACGCACCGGGUGCGGCCCUUGCUCCUGGCCACAGACAGCCCAACGCGUCCGCUCCCCUGUUCUGUGUGUCCACCGGGGCCACCAUACCUUUCUUCACCGAGGGAAACGUGACUCCCAUCCCCACUUCCUGUUCUCUCAUCCUCCCUCCAGAGUACAGCAGCUGGGACUACCCUCAUGAGCCCCCACCCACUUACGAGGAAAGCUGCAGUAGCGCCGACUCCAGUUUCAACAGUAGACAGUAGAGAAGAAGCCGGUGAUGAAGCAUCAUCACCCACUCUCGUCCGCAUUCGACACUCUCGACUAAUCGAGACAGAGACACCGCGGGUUACAGAGGAUGGACGAUAACUCCACCCCCAAGAACACCCCAAAGAUUGUUUCCUUGUCCUCGAAUAAGUAAAAAAAGAAAAAGGGAUCAUAUCUUAUAUUGAGUAUAAGUUUAAUUUCUCGUGUCUCAUCAGGUAGAGUCAGACCGAAUGGGUGAACAUCACUGUGCCUAAAAGAAGUAUUUUGGAUCACCACACAGCAUUUCCAAUAUUCAGUGAUUGGACAUGGAGUUCAAUCUGUUUUGUUUUUCCAAUCCAUUUUUGCAUCUGUGAUGCCUUGAAAAUUAUUUCGGCCGACUGUGCCCUUGUUAUUGUGGUCCACCGCUGUCCUCGGCAGCAGCAGCAGGGCAGAGAUGUCUAAAGGAGAACUCAUUACCAGAGGUUGUGGUUUGUCUAGUUUAACUAGUUAAAACACCAGUGUGUAGGAUAAUCUGUGAUUAUAGCAUCUUCAUAAUAAUACCACUAGAAGAGUCCAGUCAGAAUCCUACACAUAUUGGCUUUAAAGACAAAUACAGUCCCAGCAGCACCUCUCAGUUGUGUAACCUGAAACAGAGGGAGCAGUAAAAUCAUCAAAAAUAACUUACUGUAGUGAGAAUUUGUAUAUUUUCUAGCAUUACUUUUAUCGACAUGACAAACAGGAAUAUUUAUAUAAUAAAAAAUGUUUUACUUAAAUUUGACUCUAGACAAGAUAUUUUAUGUUGAGAGAAAUGAAACACAUAGAGUGUGCUCUGAUCUCUUUUUGGAAAGAUUGAUUAUCUUAGAUU